AUGUCGAGUGGUGAAGCGAGCGAUGGCUCUUUUUUGAAGAGACAACGAGUCAGCCGCGCUUGUGAUCAGUGUAGACGAAAAAAGAUCAAAUGCGAUGGGCUUUUCCCUGUAUGCACCAACUGUCAGGCGUUUACACUUCAAUGCAGUUAUAACGACACGACCAAAAAGCGAGGACCGCCCAAAGGAUACAUUGAAGCGAUCGAGAACCGGUUGUACAAGCUAGAGCAAACGCUUGCAGAUAUCGCCGACCAUAGCGACGAUGCACGAUCCAAAGCUGUUCUUGCCGAGUUACAUGCACCUCUUGAAACAGCUUAUGGAGAGCAGAUCAGAACACGGCCUAUACGUCGAGGUCGCAGCAAAGAAAAGAAUCGCACCUUCUUUUGGCAAACACCCUCUUCUUCAUCGCCCGCAUCACCUACCGUAUCGACUACAGGCAACAUUACAUCGACUCAGCUUAUGGAUAGUCCCAUUGAAGAUGAACAACCAUCAGCACCGGGAAGUCCUGUUGGCACAUCGUCGUCGGCAGUGAAUGAUAGCCAUGGUCAAUUAUCGAUGGAUGAAUCUGGUCAAGUGCGUUUCCUUGGCAAAUCUUCUGGAUUUUAUCUACUACAAAACAGCCGCUCGUAUCAUGAUGGAGCUUUUCAUUUAUCACACUAUGGGCAUCAUCAUCACAAAUCAUCAUCGAGCACCAGCAGCACUUCAGGCCUUAUCAACAGCCCAACAACAUCAACACCCUUGGAUCCAUUAGCAAUGCCACCCAAAGAUUUAUCAUUCGAUUUGAUCUCGUUGUACUUUGCUCAUUUUUAUCCCGUGUUGCCCAUGUUUUACAAGAAGCGAUUGACGUUGCCACAAGAUGGUCCUGCCGAUGCUGUAUCCCCACUCUUAGUGAACGCCAUUUACGCUGUUGCAUCACGUAUAUCCCCUGACACACGCGUUCGUGCUGAUCCAUCUUCACCCGAUACCGCUGGAGACGUGUUUUUUGAACGCGCCAAGCGAUUGUUGGAUGAUUAUUACGAUGUACCUCGAAUAUCAACAGUACAAGCGCUCUUGUUAAUGGCUAUGCAUCAACAUGGUAUGCUAAAGGGACCACGUGCAUGGUUGUAUAGUGGCAUGGCAUUUCGUAUGGCUCAAGAUAUGGGAUUGCAUCGAAAUUGUGAUCAUUGGGAUAUUUCACUCGAGGAUCGAGAACGUCGAAAACGUGUAUUUUGGUGUUGUUUUAUUGUGGAUCGAUUACUCAGUGCAACAUUUGGACGUGCAUCUCUCUUUGAAGAACGUGAUUGCGAUGUACCCUUUCCUUCAGUGGAUGACGAUGAACCUAUUUCACCACCCAAUGACAACCAACAAUCGAAUUCGCCUGUACGACUUUUGGACUCCUUUGUGCACACCAUUCGUAUCUGUGACAUCUUGGGGCAUGUGCUAAAGAGCAACUAUUACGCCAAAGCCAAACAUCACACGCCUGGAUCACAACACAUUGACCAUGUCUUUGCAGCGCUCAAUCAACAACUCACCAAUUGGUAUCACAAUUUACCUCCAGCACUUGGCUAUGAUUUGAACAAAAAGAACGACCAUGAUCAACCCAACCCGGUGUGUCAAUUGCACAUGAUUUACUAUACAACAGUCAUCUUGCUGCAUAGAUCAUUCAUUCCGCCUUACUCGAAAUUACCACCAGCAUCACUACCAUCGUACAAUGUAUGCAUGUCAGCAGCAGAAUCGAUUUCAGAGAUUGUGGAUGGAAUGCUUCAAAAUCGCCAUCUCAAAUGUGUAACCAACUUUGGUGUAUAUUACAUCUUCACGGCAGGGAUCAUGUUUAUCAAGGCAGCUGCAGCAUCAGAUGCGGAUAAGGCUAUGCGAGCCAAGGCUAAAAUACGACAAAUCAUGUGCGCUCUUGAUGAAGUUGAAUUAACGUGGAUGACCGCUGGCCGUUGCUGUGAUAUCCUUGGAGAUCUUGCAGGGUUACGACAAAUCAAUCUAGAAUCGGAUGACAAGCAUUCGGAGGCUACAGUUGGGAGCACUACACUUCAAACACCUUCCCCAAUGUCUUUAUCGGCAACAACAAUGCAACCACCAGGUCUUUUGCAACAAGGAUUUUGGAACACCGUUACCACGGCAACAGCCAACAAUAAUCCAUUGCAACAGCACCAACGUAGUGGUGUACCACCUCCGUAUCCUAAUGUAUCAUGGAUGCAUCCAGCUGCUUAUCGGCCCCCUGUUCCCACUAUGGAUCCAUUCGCUGCACCAGACACUAUUCCUCCACCUUCACAACAACAGCAACAAUUCGAUCCAUUGGGUACUGCUUUUUGGGGCGUGCCUCAAUCAUUGGAUAUCAAUGAAUGGAAUAAUUACUUUGGUGGCCAACAACAACAGCAACAACAACAACAGCAGGAGCAGGAUCAGCAACCACCACAAACAGCAACAGGGGCAUCAUCACAUCAAUCAACGAUAGGAGCUUACACACAACAACAACAACAAGCAGGCAAUCAACAACAGCCAUUGAUCCCAUCGCAUGAAUACUUCCAGCCACGCUUGUCGUUCUCCAAUCAUGAUCCAUCUCCACUCCAACCACUCCAACAGCAACAACAACAGCAGCAGCAGCAACAACAAAGCAAACAUUUAAUCCACAAUGAUGAUAAUGUGGAUGUAUUGUCGGGUAUCGCUAUUCCAGAGACGAAGAGUGGUGUAUCAUUGCUUGGGUUCUUGGGUGGUCAAACAGAUCCUUCGGCCAAUACGCUUCCAGGCACUGAAGAAGGUGGUAAUGGCAGCAAUACACCAGCAUUGCAAUGGUAA